AUCAAUACCCUUGCCUUGGCUGAACGCAAAAGCACGGAUCAAGAAACCGUUGACGAUACGGAUACUGCCAAUUAAACUGACCACCCCACACUGAAUCCUUUCCUUUCCUUUCUUCUACAUACUCAUAUACCCAUCACAACCUCGACCUUGUGUUUCUUGGUUUUUCUUUAUUCCCUUGUUUUCUCUUCAUUUCUUCUUUUCGGGGCCAGUUUCUUCUUAUUUGUACAUUGACUUUGGCAUUUAUUCAUCUUUGACCACCCUUUCGCCGAUUCGAUCAUCAAUUCAUCGAUACAGCACAGCAGCAACUCGAAUUGUUCGCUUCCAUUCCUUCCGAAGCUGUGAAUAGAUUCCGUCUUCUUAUCGCUCAUUUAUCCGCCCGAGGCCGCUGCCAUGGCCAUUUCUUCGGGCUUCGCCCUUUUGCUGGCUGCCAGCGCCGCACUGAAUCCCGUCGCUGCUGCACCUUCGAUCGACGACGCUUUUGUCGCCAUCUCCAAUUCAGAUUUCUCUCCCCGAUCAGUAUCAAAACGAGGCACGCCUCAAGCCCCAGAUGGCUACGUCCCCUCCAAAGUCGACUGUCCGAGUACACGACCGACGAUUCGAAAUGGCUCUUCCAUCUCGAGCAUGGAGCGCGAUUGGAUCCCGAAGCGUCGCAACGAAACCAUCUCCCCUAUCCGAACCCUCUUGAAGCGUCUAGCGAUUCCCGGUUUCGACAGCGAGGCAUACCUCAAGGAUGCUGAGACAGAUCCUACUGCCCUUCCUAAUAUUGGUAUUGCUAUCUCUGGAGGUGGCUACCGUGCUAUGCUUUGCGGUGCUGGUGCGCUGGCAGCUUGGGAUAUUCGUUCCGAUGGAAGCGACAAGGAUGGAAAUCUUGGUGGUCUUCUACAAAGUGCGACAUAUCUUUCAGGUCUUUCCGGUGGUGGAUGGCUUGUGGGCAGUUUGAUGAUGAACAACUUUACUUCUGUCCAGGAAAGCGUGAACUAUCCCGGAAUUUGGCAGUUGGAGAAUUCGAUCCUCGAGGGCCCUGAGAAUUACUCUCUUCUCCAGUACUACAAUACGAUUUUCGACGCCGUCUCCGAAAAGAAGGAUGCUGGUUAUGAACGAUCUCUGACUGAUUACUGGGGCCGUAUGCUGUCGUACCAACUUAUUAAUGUAACAGAUGGUGGUCCCUCAUAUACAUGGUCUUCAAUCGCCGACGAUCCUGACUUCUCCGAGGGCAAGGCCCCUAUGCCCAUCAUCAUUGCGGAUGGUCGUGCGCCAAACGAGACUAUUAUCAGUCUCAACGCGACCAAUUUCGAGUUCACCCCCUGGGAGCUUGGUUCCUACGACCCCGUUCUUCAGGGCUUCGUUCCUCUCAAGUAUGUCGGUUCAGAGUUCGAUAACGGCAAGCUACCAAAGGACAAGUCCUGCAUUGCUGGUUUCGACAACGCCGGCUUCGUCAUGGGAACUUCUAGCAGUCUCUUCAACCAGAUCGUUCUGUAUCUUAACGAAGACGACAACAACUACGUUCCUGACGGUGUUCCGGAUAUCGCAGUCGAAGCCGUAACCUCUGUUCUCAAAGCUAUUGGCUCUGACAACAACGAUAUUGCUGACUGGACUCCUAACCCCUUCAAGGGCUGGAAUGACGAGAAUAACUUGAGCGCCGAAUCUGAGCGACUCACUCUCGUCGAUGGUGGUGAAGACCUCCAGAACAUCCCUUACUAUCCUCACAUCCGAAAAGAUCGUGAGGUCGAUGUCGUCUUCUCCUUCGACUCCUCCGCCGAUACCGAUUACGGCUGGCCCAACGGCGCAUCUCCCAUCGCCACCUACGAGCGCUCUCUCACCAACAUCUCAGAGGGCUCAUCAUUCCCAUCCGUCCCCGGCAAGAACACAUUCCUCAACCUGGGCCUCAACACCCGCCCAACUUUCUUCGGCUGCAACGCAACCAACAUGACCGACCCCUCACCCCUCAUCGUCUACAUCCCCAACUACCCAUAUGUCUACUCCUCCAACAUCUCCACCUUCCAAAUGAGCAUCAACACCUCCGAGCUCUCCGCCAUCAUCGAGAACGGCUACGCCGUAGCUACCAUGCUAAACGGCACGCGCGACAAGGACUGGCCCGUCUGCGUUGGCUGCGCAAUGCUCUCUCGCAGUUUCGACCGUACAAACACCACUGUUCCUGAUAAGUGUCAGGAAUGCUUCACGAAUUACUGCUGGAACGGAACUCUUGAUGAGAGAGAGCCCAGCGAGUAUAACCCUACUUUCAUCGGCGAGCAGAUCGAGGUGGAAAGCUCAGCGUCAAAGGCCAGCAGCGCUUUUAUCGCUAUUGCAGCUAUUGCAGGAUUUAUGCUCGCCAUUUAAAAAUGAAUGAAAAGUAGAGGAAAAGAUGAUAUAUAUAUAUAUAUAUAUAUAUUUGCUUAUAGGAGUAGCGCAUUGGAGUUUUGUUCUAUCUGAAGCGCCGUGGUCUUGAGGACAUGGAUUCAUGAGGAAGUUUAUAUAGGGGUUGGAUAGAUGAUGAGUCGGAGACUCGUCUUAUUAUUUACUCGGAAUUCUCCAUAUUGGCACGAUCUUGUGAAG